AUUUAGAGGCAAAGUAAUAAAGAGCGAGGAAAGAAAAAAAAGAGUCAAUUUUUGAAAUCCAACCGCUCCAAUUGUUCAACUCCUUAACCAAAUUCCGCAAACUUAAAAACCCAUCUCUCACAACUUGUUCUCUUCAAUUCCCAGAUCUUCAUUUCUGUGAAUUCGAUCAAAUUCUCCGAUCAUCUUGAUCAUAUUGACGACCUGGUUUCCCAUGGUGUUCUGUUUCAUCAUAUGUCAAAUGUCACUUUGAUUAGCAGGAUCAUGUAUUGAUUCCCCUGCCUCAUUUUCCAGCUCAAAGUCUAUCUGGGUUUGUCAAAUUCAAUCAUGGGAUACCGGAAAGACCGCGUGAGAUUCAAUGUUGGAGGCAGAAUCUUUGAAACGACCGCCACCACUCUCGCCAAUGCCGGCCGGAAUUCCCUGUUCGGCGCCAUGUUCGACGACAGCUGGAAUCUCCAACAACUCGAUAACAACAAUUCCAACGACUACUUCAUCGACCGCAACCCCGAUUGCUUUGCGGUCCUCCUCGAUCUUCUACGAACUAAUGAACUCUGCGUCCCUACAAAUAUGUCCGAAAAGCUCCUCUAUAGAGAGGCCGUGUAUUACGGGCUCCUGGACCACGUCCGGUCCGCCAAAUGGGGACCGUUCGAUGGCAACAGGCUCUGGCUUUCGAGGACCGUCGCCGGGCAAGCUCCCGGCGACGGGACCGCCAUCCGGGCCGGCCCGGAUGGCGGUUGCUGUGUGGCUCAUGGUUGUAUGGUGCAUGUGUACGAUUGGAUGCUGGACGAGCACCCUACUAUUAAUCUUGACUAUCAAAGAGUCAAUGACGUUGGAUGGCUUGAUUCUGAGAACAUAGUGGUGAGUGUUUGUGAGAGGUUGGGCCGCGGCGACGGCGGAAUGGGGCUGUUCAGCUCGUCCAGCGGUGAACUAAGGGACAAGUUUCAGGUGAGUCACGAGAAUCAAGUGAAGAGCUUCACUGCUGGAGCCUUGAGUUUCAGCUCAGAUUACAAGAUAUUUUCCAGCUGUAAAGGGAGGAGCAACGAGUAUGGGAUUGGAGUUUGGGACCAAAUCACUGGGAAGCAGACCGAUUUCUUCUACGAGCCGCUGGGGUGGUCUCUUGGUGAUGCAGACAAGCUGCAAUGGUUGAAUGGGAGUAACUGUUUGCUGGUGGCGACUUUGUUUCCAAGGAAGGACAACUGUUACAUUAGUUUGUUGGAUUUUCGGGAGAAGAAGAUGGUGUGGUCUUGGUCCGAUAUGGGAGCUCCGAUAAUGGUGGAUGAGAAGAGAGUUCGGGAUGCGAUAGCGAUGGAAGAGAGUAACUCGAUCUGUGUUGUGAAUGAAUAUGAGGAUUUGGGGUUUAUUGAUAUAAGAAACUCUGGGGGAAGUGUUAGGUGGAGCUCAAGGAGUAAGCUUAUGAAGGGAAAAAUGCCUGAUGAGCCUUGCUACCCUAAACUUGCAUUACACGAAGGGCAGCUGUUUUCGUCCAUGAAUGAUUCCAUUUCAGUGUUCUGUGGACCAGAAUGGGUUUUGACAUCAAGGCUUAGGCGAAGCCAUGGAGGUUCGAUUUGUGAUUUCUCAAUUGGUGGGGAUCGGCUUUUCGCUCUUCAUAGCGAGGAGAAUGUGUUUGAUAUAUGGGAGACUCCACCUGCGCCGAUUAUAUAAACUUAUAGUUUGGUUUGUUCUGAAGAUUGUGUUUUUCUUUUUAUUUCUGACGUACACAAUACAUAGUUUUCCCAGUACUGUUUAGAAUAUAGGAGAUGUUGAAGCAAUAGUAGGUUUAGUUAACUCAGAGAAUGCUUCAAAGUUCUGAUGGUGUAUAGGGUUUGCUGAAUACAGAGUAUGGAAGUGUUUGCUUUAACUACUAAAGCUUAAAGAUAUAGAUAGAAAUGAAAUUUGAUUGCU